AUGGUGACCACAAGAAACACGAGCACGAACGAGGCGGGCGGAGUUGUUCGAGCCUUGGAGAUGAGGAUGGAAGAAAUGCAGAGAAGACAUGAGGAAAUGCAAAGGAAGCAUGAAGAGGAGAUGGCGACCGUACGAGCCGAGUGUUUAGCUCAGCUCCGCGAUGAGAAGGAGAGACAAACUGGAGAAGGCAGCAAGGAGGCCCACAGUAGCGCACAAGGUCAAGAUGACUGGCGAAAGGAGGAACAGAAGAACACCGAGGAGGAAAAAGAGAAAGGAGAGGAAAACCUAGUAUUGAUAAAGCCAGAGAUGCCCUCGGUUCCGGUGCCGUUCGUACAGGCUGUGAUGGACGUCCGCAUUUCGGACCAGUUCAUUCCCCCGCAAUUCAAAAUGUAUGACGGCACCAGUGACCCGGAAGCACAUGUCAAGUCAUUUACCAACGCCAUGGCAUUCCGUACGGGAUGCGAUGCCAUAUGGUGUCGGGCAUUCUCAUUGUCCCUCGAGGGCGAGGCCUUGGAGUGGUUCAACUCCCUUCCCAACGGUUCAGUAGAGAACUUCAAAGGACUGAGCGGCAUGUUCAACGAACAGUUCGCCACAUGCCGACCUAAGGACGUCACUCUGGUCGACUUGAUGAAUCUGAAGCAAGGAAAGGAGGAGCCGCUCAGAACCCUCAUGGACCGGUUCACAAAGACAGUUCAACGGGUCAGAGGUCUGAGCCUGGAGAUGGCCCUGCAGUAUGUGAUGUCGACCCUUAGGCCGGGACCUUUCAAGGAGAGCGUCUGCCGAACCCUGCCUAAAACAUUGGAGGAACUACGCCAGCGGGCGACGGACGAGGCAAGGGUGGAGGAAAUGAAGCAAAAUUAUCGAAGGGAAAUGCAGGACGCAAAGGACAAGAACGAGGGAAAACAGCAGGUUCAACCCCAACGACCAGGUGGUGUAAAGGGGCGGGACGGGCCCCGAGUCCCUCGCUUCCCCCAGUAUACUCCCCUCAAUGCCCCCCGGGCCUGGAUAUUAUAG